AUGUCAACUGUCAGACUUAUGAAAGCAGAGAAUGCGUCUCUACGCUUCUUAAACCCCACAAACUACAGCUCUACAAACUACAGAACAAACAAAUCAAUCGAAACGUUUAUCCAAGACCACCCCGUGACCCGCGCGCUAAAAGCCAACCCUAAGUUCAUCGAGUCCCGGCCCCAUCUCAACGGGCCCAAGAUACUUCGAGAUCGAAAGCUCCUAGCCGGACCCCUUUCAGGUACACAAAAGGUCACAGUGCCGCCCUUGGUGUUCAGUGAGAAGGGAGGCAAAUGCAUGGUCGUGAUCCUCCAUGUUGGGGGUGAUGUCUGCAGUCAUCCGGGUAUUAUCCAUGGCGGUCUGGUAGCGACAUUGAUGGACGAUACUUUCUGCAGAUGCUGUUCUGCAGUUUUUCCCAAGAGGGUUGGAGUCACUGCCAAUCUAAAUGUCAAUUUUCGGAAACCUGCUUUGGCUGAGUCUUUUAUUAUGCUGAAGGCUGAGGUGGCCAAGAUGGAGGGCCGCAAGGCUUGGAUGGAGGGGUCUAUCGAGACGCUUGAACCUGAUGGUGGGGAUUCCUCUCUUCUUGCAGAGGCUAAGGCUCUGUUCAUACAGCCGAAAGAAACUGAAGUAAGUCUUUGUUUUGGAGAAGCUCUGGGUGUUGUCUAA